UCGACAACACGAAAAAUAAAAUCUGUCAAAAUGGAACAGGGUGAAUCAGAAAGAAAGAUGACAGCCAACAAUAAAUUUUCUUUCCAAAAAACAGUUCAAAGUUUGGCCCGUGUUCUUGCUCGUAUCAAACCAACACCAUGGGAAAAGGUACAAACCCUCUACCGAUAUUGUCCGCAAGAAAAUGCUGCAGGAGUAUUUUGCCUGGACAGCCGUGCCCAAGAUGCUGUCAUUGCGUUAGGAUUGUAUUUUCUGGAAAGUGGAUGCCAGCAUGAACAACAAAUCAUACCGUACCUGCUGCGGUUGGCAAAAUCGUUACCCAAGGCAGUAUGGGUCGAUGACAGUCAGCCAUCGAAAACCGAUAAAAUUCCGGCUACGGAACGGUUCAGUUUCUGCUUGAACACACUGCUGUCAGACAUUGCCGUCAAUUGUCCCGAUAUUCGUGAGGAAGUGAUGCUCAAUCAAGUGGACACCUUGAACGUUCUCACAAACAUGAUAAAAACGAGUCGUGAAAGUAACGCUCUGCCACCAAUGAUACUGUGCAAAGCUACCGUUCCGAUUCUGUUCGGAUUAGCACGGUCGAUGGGUCGAUACGCACAGCAGAGCCCACCAUUACUUUGUCGAUUGUUUCCACGCCAAGAAAUGCCCGUUGUUCAACCAAUCGACCAACAACAGCAACAGAAUCAAACCAGUCCACACGAACGGCAUUCGAGUUUGAAUCAAUUCCGUCCGAUUUUGCCACGAUCACUGUCGGGUGGUUUGAAUGUGGACAGCAGCCCGAAGGAGAAACAUAAACGGGCAUCGUUGCACACAUUCUAUUCCGUUCCGUAUGACGCAACCACGUACUUCUUUGCCAAAUACGGUUCCAGUUUCAAUCAGUUCCCGAACAUGCGAUUCUAUGGCACACCGCAAAAGCAUUCGGAAAUUCAAUUUGCCAUGCAACACUUGCAGACAAUAUUCGCCAUAGCCAAGAAGCUGCUGACUAAAGAGAUCCUCGACCAUUUGGACGAACAGGCCGGCGACGUUUUCCUGUUGCAUCAAAUCAAAUCGUUUGGCUACAAAAGUUUCUCGGAAACGUUGAAUUUGGUUCUGGUGACAUUGUUGCGUGAACUGUUGCAGAAUCAACGCGAUCUGCCGACACCGUUCACAAAAGACAUCCAAGAGUUUGUGAAACGUUUGUUUUUGAACGGUCAGACGGAAUUGCAAAAUAAGCAACACGAUCACGAAAAGGAACGGCGCAGCGAAUCGUGGAUGACUGUUAACAAGUACAAAGUGAAUGUGAUGGCGAACGCUGCAUGCGUUGAUCUGCUGGUGUGGGCAAUAGCUGACGAAACAGAGGCCGACAAACUGUGCGGAAGAUUGUAUCAAAAAUUGAAUUCAGUUUUGGGACACAAAAUCGUUAUGGAUCACAUGCCUUUGUUGAUGGUGUGCCUGGAGGGACUCGGCAAAUUGGCACAAAAAUUUCCCAACAUCGCUGGCACGUCAAUUUCAUACCUCCGAGAUUUCUUGGUUGAUCCCAGUCCAAUUCUAGCCAAAUUACAUUCACAAGCUGUUAGCCAACAGCAGAAGGACAAAGAGUCACCACCGCUGAAGAUUUUGGUGCAAGGAAAUGAUUUGCGUUCCGUUGACUUACCGGUCAAACCGCUCGGUAUUACGAAAUCAGCUCAGGCAGCAUUCGAAGCAUUACGGGAUGCAGCCAUUGAGAAUCUAAGCAUCGCAUUGAGAGCAGCACAUCUACUAGAUCCCUAUUGUGUGCCGGCAUUAGUCGCUAAUGUUUCGAAUCGGCUGUUCACAGCCGAAAAGCAGGAGAACGAAUCAAGCCUCGUCUCGCUGAACAUCAUUGUGAUGUUGGGACACGUUGCUGUCGGCCUGAAAGACACACCAAAAACUACGCAGAACAUUCUCCAAUUUUUCAUUCAACGAUUCUGCAAGGUACCAUCCGAACAGAAUGUUUUAAUUGUUGACCAGCUCGGAUGCAUGAUAAUUUCGCAGUGCGAACCGCAGGUUUUCGAGGAAAUUAUGAAGAUGUUUACGAGAGUUACGGUUCAGAGUGCGUCGCUAUCCUAUACAACCAAUCCGGAUCAUCGGUACGUAGAGAACUGCAACUUUUUUCGGGUUGCAUCUGUAAUCGGAGCCUUUAAUUACAGCAAACAAUACCACCACGUAUCGGACGCGGUUGUCAACGCCCUGGGUAAUAUUGCAGCUAAUAUUCGGGGCGAAGCUGAAAUGCUAGACUUGCUGGGAAAGCUGCUGGAGUUGUUCGUGCAGAUUGGUUUGGAAGGAGAGCGGUCGUAUGAUAACACCUCUGGAACGCAGAAAGCUAGCUCAAGUGCUGGAAAUCUGGGAAUGCUGAUUCCAGUCAUUGCGAUACUCGUCCGUCGUUUACCACCGAUAAAAAAUCCGAAAAUUCGUCUGCACAAACUGUUCAAAGACUUCUGGCUGUACUCCAUCGUCAUGGGAUUCACCAAUUCUCGUCUGUGGCCAUCCGAAUGGUAUCAAGGUGUCCAGCAGAUCGCUGCCAAAUCCCCACUGUUAAUAUCUCAGACCGCACAUCGAUCCGAGAUGCGAGAAUUGCACUACACAUCAGCCAUCAAGUCGGACAGCGUCAGUUUGAAUGAACUGCGAAGCCAGAUACUGGUCCUGCUCGAUCAUCCGCCAGCCGAAGUGGUUGCAUGCAUUCACAAGUUUACGUUCGCUCAGUGUACGUACUUGUUGAGCGUCUAUUGGUUGGAAACUUUACGCGUGGAAAAUGCCGAAGAGCCGAGUCUCGAAUCGAUCCUCAGUUACUUGUGUGACAUUCCGCUGCAGAAAGACAAGUCGGGAAUGUGGCAAUGCAUAAAGUGCAUCGGCGACCAGGUUUUCGAUAAAUUCCGGAAUGUUUUGCUGUCACACGAUUUGGUACGCGAGAAGGUGCUUGAGCCGCAGGCCAUGUUACUGCUUGUGUACUUCAAUCACAUUCACAAGCAGAUCCAAUUGGUGGCCGAUCAAUAUCUGUCUCAGUUGGUCGACAAGUUUCCGCAUUUGUUGUGGAACAGACGAGUUCUCUGGUGUAUGUUAGACGUUUUGCAGCUGCUGUCGUUUUCAUUGAAAUUGGAUCCGAAUGAGGAGACACCAACGUUGCGUGUGUCAUCGACCCCUUACACGCUACAACUGAUGGAUAGUUUACCAGCGAGAGAGAGCCGUCUAAAAGAUUUCGCCGAUCGUUGCCAGGGCAUUGUCAACGAAGCUAUGAAAUGGGCCCCCAAUUCGACACGAAGUCAUCUGCAAGAAUACGCCAAUCAAAUACCAACUCCAACCUUGUACAACCACAGCGGCUUGGCAUUGGCAUUCGAUGCUGUUCUACAUUCUUCGGCUCCGUCAAUCCAAUCGAGCAUCGUACCACUGACGAACAAACGGCCACAUUGCGUUAGCUCGGACACUCCAAGAUUUGUGUCGGUGCUGUGUCUGCGUAGCAAAUAUGCGGGCGAAAUAUCCGGACUGUUGUCGGUGUUGAGCGAAGAAGAUAAGAAAGGAUUGGCUGAUCGCUUGGUGAAAGAAGUAUGGGAUGCAUGCCGGGACCGAAGUGAUGCUAAGCAUCGAGGUGCUUUGUGGCGUGCAACGGCUUACUUGAUUCUAUGCCCGGGAACGAAUCGGAAAUUGCUUCACGCUGUUUCUUCUUCUCAAGUGGAACUAUUUACUGUGUCAGCGGUGGAGACUGCUGUCGAAUGCUGGCAAUGGGUACUGACUGCAAGGCAAGACCUCGAACUGUGUUUCAUUCAGGAAAUGGUCAACGCCUGGCAAACAACAUUCGAAAAGAAAAUCGGACUAUUCACCGAAGAGGCCGAUCUGACCAGUCCGCUAGCAGCAUACGAAGGAGCGAAUCUGGUCCCGAAACCGAUAGCUGUUGCCCCACACACUAUCUGGCUCCAGUUGAUCGCCGAAAUGGUUGACACAGCCAAAUAUUGCAAUCGGGACAAAGUGGAAAUGUUCUGCUUGCUGUUGCAUCGGUGUCUGCCGAUUGUCAAAGACAGUAAACAGAAUCGAAGUGUAGCAACCGUUGGUUGCCGCUUUAAACUGUUGCAAUGCGGUUUGUCACUGCUGCAGGGUAACACGAUACCGAAAUCGUUGGCACGGAAUAUAUUGCGUGAACGCAUCUACAGCCAUGCGUUGGAUUACUUUUGUGGUGCACAAAUGUGUCCGACUCAGAGUCGCGAUGAACUGUUCGAAGACAUUUCCAUUUUGUUGAAAUUCUGGCAGACGAUGCGCAGCGAAAAGAAACAUUUGAUUACGUCGGAAAUGGGCGACUAUGACAUCCAUCCGAGCACGAACAAUUUGUCGGUCACAAAAUUGUCUCUCGACACCGCAUCUCUGGCCGGUAGUGAUGUUGCCAGAUCGGCCAGCACAGGAACUGGUGGAUGGUACAACACAAUUCCGCAUUCCACGUCUACGCUAUCGAAAAGGUCAAGUCGAUCGAAGCGAUCACCGUUUCAGAAGGAUGCCUACGACAAGGACUACAUGAAGAAGAGGAGUUUGAUUUUGGAGCUAUUGGCAGUUGAAAUAGAAUUUCUGAUCACUUGGUACAAUCCGAAUUCGACUCCUGAUUACGCUGUACCCGGCGAAGAGAGUGUCAACGAAUGGCGUGCACGUCCGGUCAAAUUGAAUUUAUGGCGUGACUACACACGACUAGCAUGGGCGUACAAUCCAUCGCUAGCUAUUUAUCUACCGCAACGGAUUCGAAAUGCUGAGUCCAUUGAGGAUGAAGUAACGCGUCUGGUGCUGACGAAUCCAAUUGCUGUGGCUCAUAUACCAGAGGCUCUCAAAUAUUUGGUCACUACCAAGACAUUGUUGAACGAACUGCCGGAACUUGUGUACAUGCUGUCAUGGGCACCAGUCGGACCCAUUCAAGCUAUGUCUUACUUUUCACGCCAGUUUCCCACUCAUCCUCUGACGGCUCAGUAUGCCGUCAAAACGUUGUCGUCUUAUCAGGCAGAAGCUGUAUUGCCAUACAUUCCGCAACUGGUACAGGCAUUGCGUCACGACACGAUGGGCUACGUUACCGAGUUCAUCAAACACAUUUCAAAGCGCUCGCAAAUCGUGGCGCAUCAACUGAUUUGGAACAUGCAAACCAACAUGUUCAUGGACGAAGAUCAACUGCAUCGUGAUCCCAUUCUGUACGACAAUCUGGAAUCGUUGUGCCAAAACAUAAUCUCGUCAUUCUCUGGUGCAGCGAAGCGGUUCUACGAACGUGAAUUCGAUUUCUUCGGCAAAAUUACGGCUGUGUCCGGUGACAUUCGUUCAUUCGCUAAAGGACAACCCAGAAAGAAGGCUUGCCUGGAGGCGUUGAGUAAGAUCAAGGUGCAAUCGGGCUGCUAUCUACCGUCUAAUCCCGAGGCAAUGGUGGUGGACAUUGAUUACAAUAGUGGAACUCCCAUGCAAAGUGCAGCCAAAGCACCGUACUUGGCAAGGUUCCGUGUGUAUCGCUGUGGAAUAUCCGAACUCGAAACGAUGGCUAUGGAUGUGUCCAACAAUCCGUCAUCGGCAGUCGAACAGCCGAGUAUUUCAUUGGGUGUGGAGUCCUGGCAAGCAGCCAUAUUCAAAGUCGGUGACGAUGUGCGACAGGAUAUGCUUGCACUGCAAGUGAUUACGAUUUUCAAGAACAUUUUCCAGCAAGUCGGACUUGAAAUGUUCCUCUUUCCGUAUCGAGUUGUGGCCACUGCACCUGGGUGCGGUGUCAUUGAAUGCGUUCCGAAUGCAAAGUCUCGCGAUCAGUUGGGACGACAAACGGAUUCGGGAUUGUACGAGUACUUCUUGCACCAAUACGGCGAUGAAAGUUCGAAAGAGUUCCAAGCUGCCAGAAGUAAUUUCGUCAAGUCAAUGGCCGCCUAUUCGGUCAUCGGUUACCUUCUUCAGAUCAAGGAUCGACAUAACGGAAACAUUAUGAUUGACACCGACGGACACAUCAUACACAUCGAUUUCGGUUUUAUGUUCGAGUCGUCGCCUGGCGGUAACAUUGGAUUCGAACCGGACAUAAAGCUGACAGAUGAAAUGGUUAUGAUAAUGGGCGGAAAAAUGGAGGCGCCAGCAUUUAAAUGGUUCUGUGAGCUGUGCGUUCAGGCAUUUUUGGCCGUUAGGCCGUAUCAGGACGCUAUUGUGACAUUAGUUAGUCUAAUGCUGGACACUGGACUGCCCUGUUUCCGUGGUCAAACGAUAACACUUCUGAAACAGCGCUUCGCUCCGACGAAGAACAACAAGGAAGCGUCCGCUCAUAUGCUGGCCAUUAUCCGGAAUUCGUUCCAAAAUUUCCGUACGCGAACGUACGACAUGAUUCAGUAUUACCAAAAUCAGAUCCCCUAUUAAAGUCCGACGUGUCGUUGUGGUGGCCGAUAUUCCAUCGGCUUCCAUUGCAUAUGUGGUGGUUGAAGAUGAUUUUACGGAAACAAUUAUUUAUUCUGUGGAUUGGAUUUGUGUGAAUGCGUUGGGUCGAUGUUAAUCAGUUGAUGUGGGUCGUUCGUUUCAUGGGGAUAUGAGUUUGGAAAUGGUUUUACAUUGCACUUAGCAAAGCACCUGGGAUAUUGAUUCCAGACUAAUUUCUCUGACAUUGUUGCAUCGUUACACUCUUAGUGGAAUGUUCUCACUGAAUUUAUGAUGCGAGGCAUCGCAUCGGUUCGCAAAUUAUGGGCGAAAUGAAAAUGAAUUGUUGAACGAAACCGAACGACCCACUUUGUAUAAUCUCUAAGUAUUAUUUUGAAUUUUGGUUCCUUCCAGACUGCAUUAGUGUUUUAGUAUUCGAUUCCGCGUACUGGAAUGGAUUUGUUUUUCUUUUUCUUUUUCUUUAUUGCAAUUGUGAUUGUAGGGUAUAAAAAUGGGAUAGGCGGUGAAAUUGAUGUUGGAAAAUAAAAUGAAAAUUAUUAAGUGUUA